AUGUCUGGGCGUGGAAAGAAGUCCGCAAAGUCUACAACUGCAGCAAAGCCUGCUGCUUCGUCACAGAAGUCCAAGUCAGAUAGAGCCGGUCUGCAGUUCCCAGUGGGCCGUGUCCAUCGGUUCUUGAGGCGGGGUCAGUAUGCUCAACGAAUAGGUGUGGGAGCUGCAGUCUAUCUGUCUGCUGUGUUGGAAUAUCUAACUGCAGAGGUGUUGGAGCUUGCAGGAGCUGCAGCUUCUGACAACAAGAAGCUGCGAAUUGGGCCACGACACCUCCAGCUGGCUGUGAGGGGCGAUGAGGAACUCAACCAGUUGUUUGCAGGUGUGACCAUUGCUGAGGGAGGCGUUCCUCCCAAUAUACUUCCCCAGCUGCUUCAGAAGAAGACUGGGUUGCCUAAAGCAGUGGCAGAAGAUGUUCAGUCACAAGAAUUCUAA